AUGAGUGAUCUGAAUUGCGUGACGGAUAGGUGUGGUGACGCACUCUUCGGCUGCUCGGCCUCGAGUGGUCUCUGCCCUUCCCUCUUUCCUCUAAUACAAGACUUUCCCAUCUCGGCCCUCACUGGCCGAGCUGCCUUUCUCCACAAACCUACAAGCUUCGGCCUACCCGGUUUAUCCAACAUCGGCCAUAAGAGGUGCAGCCACUCAGGCUGCAAUGAGGAGACGAGCCAUGGUGUGGUCGGUGGCAUGAAAAGAGAUUUUUGCAUGGCACACGCGAAGGAUGGAGUGGUGCACCUUAUUCACAAGGCAUGUCGACACCAAGGCUGCAGCAAGGUGGCGCGCUUUGGCGUGACCGGAAGCAAGGAGGUGGAGUUCUGCUCGGAACACAAGGACAGAAUGGCGGCUUCAGCAAGGCAUGCCGUCACCCAGGCUGCACGAAACGGCCCUGGUAUGGUCCGGCCGGUACCAGCAGUAAGCCAGAGUUCUGCUCCGGACACAGCAAGGAUGGUUGGUAUGGUCGACGUCGUCAGCAAGCGGUGUGGCUACCCAGGCUGCACGAAGUUUGCGAUAUUUGGCAUGAUUGGUAGCAAAAACAGAGAGUUCUGCACGUCCCACGCAGAGGAUGGAAUGGUGAAUGUCGUCCAAAGGAAGUGUGCUCACUCGGGCUGUACCAAGCAGCCGAGGUGUGGAGUGCCAGGUAGCAGUCCAGAGUUUUGUGGGGCACACGCGAAGGACGGCAUGGUGGACGUCGUCACCAAGAGGUGCGUCCACCCAGGUUGUACGAAGCAGCCGAGCUUUGGUACGGUCGGUAGCAAGAAGAGAGAGUUCUGCAAGGCACACGCGACGUAUGGAAUGGUGCACCUCGCUCGCAAGGCAUGCCGUCACCCAGGCUGCAGCAAGGGGGCGCGCUUUGGCGCGAUCGGUAGCAAGGAGGUGGAAUUCUUCUCGGAGCAUAAGAAGGCGGGCAUGGUCGACGUCUCCCGCAAUACGACACGCGGUCAACCAGUCUGCCAUAAACGGCGUAGCCUCAGCAUCUUAGCCUCCAGUACUUCCAAGAAAGCUUGCCUCUAUCACGACCAGGGACAAACACUUGACCGCAAUGGCAGCAAGAAUCUGUCCAGCGGUGGCAGCAGGCGUAUCGACGGGUCAGCGCGAGGAGGUUCAGCUGUGUCAUCGGCUGUCGGCAUUAAGCGGAACGGCUGCUCUAGUGCACUCGGGCUCUCGGCGACAUGGUCGGAUUGGGAUAGGGAGGGGACAAAGCGAACCCACCAACUUCCGCCGGCAUACUUGUUGCUUCGACCCAGCUGA